GAUGAGUUUAAAACAGCCCUAGCAGAACUGGAAGUUCUUCCUUUUCGAGACGACGGCCAAAAGUCUGCCUUCUUCGAAACAGUCCGGCGCAUACAGGCCAGACAUGUCAUUCAGUGUUUCAAGUUUGGUGUUGCUGAACGGAAAAACUCUUCCACGGAAAAUUCACAAUUUUGUGAGGAAGUGAUAAAUAUUUUCGACAUUUGUUUCUCGUCCUGUUAUACGACUGACGUUGAAAAACGGAUUGCGUUUGAUUACUUCGCCAAGGCCUUAAAAUUUUGUUUCCCUGAGCACUCAUCGCAGUGCCUUUCUACUGCGAUACUUUCAAAACUGCUCCAGCUUGUACAGAUUUUCCAGGCCGGAAAGCUCGCCACCAUUGUUUGUGACAACACUACGCAAGUGGCUAAUCCUAACUUACGGAUCAAAGGGGCCAAAAGUUUGUUUGAUGAGGUACUUGCGAUAUUUCAAACGAGAAGAGAUCAAGGUCACCUAGCCGAAAUUGUCGAUCAAACGAUACGGUUUGCUUCUAAAGACGCAUCAAUAUCCUGCAUUGGAGAGCAAGUGGCCGGUUGGCGCAGUGACCACGUGGUUACACCAGUAUUGUUGUCAAACUGGGUAAAACUUCUGAAAUUUGAGCACGUCAGCAAUGAUUUCGCUUGCGCCUUAGCCAAGAUGGACGAUCCAUGUUGUAUAAAACAACACCAGAUAGUGUUACAUCCUUAUUCCCCUGUUCCGUUACUUCAACCAAUUAACGUCUACGAGUCAAAAGUCUGUUAUUUUGCAGAAGUCUUGGAAAACUUGAAAAGCAGCAAUAUUGCAGUUACUCUACCCUUGGACGAGGAAAGGCUGCGUAUUUUAUGCGGUCACAUUCAUCAUUUUAAUUGUGAUCCUUCCCCUCCAUCAUUAAGAAUGACAUCUCUUAAGCUUUUUGCAAACAUCAGUGUUAGCAAUGGAGUCUUAAAAGGUAUUCUUGACCAGUAUUUUAAAGAUGGGCCAUCAUUGCAGAAUCUGAAGAUUAAUGAGCAGUCUUUGCAACCUGAAUUUCCACAAGCAGAUGCUUUUGAACUUGUCUUUGAAGCUUUAAAGUUAUACCCAGACGGUAGACUUGUCAACAGAUUGUUGCAAUUCUGGAAAGAGAAUGUUCCCGGAAAUCAAGAUUACAUAGCCCUCUCACAUUUGAUUGGUCUGCUUUUACAAGGAUCGAAAAGCGAGAAGCAAAGUCAUUUAGCAGAAAGCGCUGCAAAAACAGUGGACUUUGUGGUUUCGACUUGCCUUCGGAUCCCACAGUCUUUAAAACCACUGGUAACGUUUUGGUGUCCUUUUAUUGCAUCUUUUUUAAAGAUCUUUCCAGAAUCGUAUCAAAGUCGUCAAGAUGUACUAGUCCAUCUUAUUAAAAAAGCUCAAGAACUUAUCAAUAAAGCCGUCGAACGGCUGGAAGAUGACUUUUUUUGUUCUUUUUACUUGGACCUAAGGCGCCCGAUAAGGCCUUGCGGCGAUGAACUGCGCUUAAUUCUUAACUUCUUAGAAUGGAUUGCCCAACAGUGCUGCACUGAGGAAAUGAAAGGAGAGAUGAUGUUUCUGCUUAUGUCCUGCAUACUGGAUAAGAUUUCUUCCAUACAGGAUUUUCAAUUUUCAGUUUACGUGAUCAAACAGCUGAGUCUAGGUCAACACAAGAAUUUCAUUAUUAAAAAGGAACUGAUUAGGAACUUUAUUGGUUUGGCAAAACUCUUCAAGGAACGAGAAGUUAAAAACGUUUUCCAAGAAGUUGUUAAAGGUCUAGCAUCAGACCAAAAUCUGGAGCUUAAAGAUGAAAUUUUUUCUGAAAUUCUUCUUCUUGUUAGGCGCUGUUCUAUUGCGAAGACGAUUCCUCCAGAUACUCUCCGACUCUUUUCACUAGUAUCAAGCUGUCCACUUUCAGGUGACCGUAGAGUAAAAGUACUACAGAGGUCAAAGGAAACCGGAAAAGGUUUGUCGUGUGGUAUACAAAUCUUGCAACUGGUGAAAAGACGCCCCCAUUUGGUCAUGAAGGAAGAAAAUAAAUAUUUUGACCUUCUUUUUUCAGCCUUUUUUGAUGUUUUAAGAGAAGACAAAGAUAUGUGUCUGCAGUUCUACACGCAACAACUUUCAGUACUUAAUUCACCACAAGUGAUCGUCCAUUUAUGUUGCUCUGAAGUUCCCAGGUUAAUAUCGUCGGGUAUGUUCCAAGAGAUUGAGUCGCAGUGGUGUUUACCUGUUUUUCAACAUGCACCAGAAGUAAAUUCUCCAACCGAAAUGUUAGCACUCUAUUUCCAAGUAAGAGAAAGCGCUGUGAAAGUUGUUGAAAGAGUAGCAGAGAACCCUGGUAACGAGGUUGAGUUUCAACAACAAACGUUUAUUUCAUCUCUGUUAAAAGUCGUAGAGUCAAAUGUAUUAACUUUCCAAGAGAAACUUUCACUAGUCGAAAAAGUGUGUGAGACUUUUGUGAGAGACCCAAGCAACUUGACAAAAGAGACAGUGGUAAAUGUAUUAUGUAAUAUGAUACCGUUUUCUCAGUUGCAAAACGAUGACAAAACAGUCAACAAAGACGUCAUGCGUUUGGAAUUAAAUGAGAUUGAAGCUAUUCUGGAAAAUCCAGCCAUGAUGUCUCAGUUAUCAAGACUUCCCAUAGGUCUCAACAAUUCGUUAUGCUCCCUGUUCUCCACGAUGACAUCUGGCUACUGUUCAAGCGGUAAACUGGCUGACAUUUAUAAUUUCAUUGGUUCACAAGAGCACUUAGACGAAGCUUUUUUUGAUAAUGUCGUAGCCAUUCUUAAAGUAGCUGCAGAAGAGUCAAAUUCAGUGAAGAAUUUCAUAGAGCUAUUGAAGGAAGUGGUAACCUUUGCUCGGGGCGUCUCUCCAGAACUAGACACGUUUAUCAUUGAUAGUUUUCGCUAUCUCCUAGAAAAUCGGGUACCAAAACAAGAGAGAACAAGAUUUCUGAGCGACGUUGUACUAAACUGGGGGUUCUUACCAAAUUUCCCUAUUCUCUCUUACUUGGAGGUUCCACGACUUCUUUGGAUAGUGUACAGUUCUAUCGCUGACACUCCAAAAAGAUGCGAACUGAUAGAUCGAGGACAAGUCAUUUUGCAGAAGACAACCAACUUGCAGACCUUGUGCAAUACAUUAAGCUACGACCAUAUUAGAAGACGAAUCGCAUGCUGUGAUCUCGAGUUGCUUGUUCUCAAUUCUUCUCUUUCAACUGACGAAGCUGUUCUGGCAUACGAACUUUCCAGCUCUCUUUCUCGACAUGAUCAGCGACUUAGGUGCUUUACUUUCUCUGACGUACACAUUCACGAAGGUUGUUUCAAGUUUAUUGCCCAUGAGACGAGGUUAGAAACAGAAAGCAGUUCUAGAGACGAAAUUUUGAACGCAGGUUCUGCAGAAGGAAACAAAGGAAGUUCAUCUCUAGCAAUUGAAUCAGAAAUUUUAACACCAGCAACGAUUGCCCUGAAAAUGAUUGAACACGUUAAACGUACGCUCAGGAAAGAGGAAGACCUUGCUGAAGUUGUAUCUUUGCUUUGGAAUCUUUCUUUUGGGCAUAAGCGUUUCUUCUGCAGGGAUGAAUGUGCAAAGAGUUUGACUUUAUGCGACGACUACUUGAAAGUUUUCCUGUCCAUCGCAUCGGAGGCGUCAUCGACAGAAAUAAUGCUUCACUGGGCUAAAGUUGAUAGUCACUACGUCUACCAAUGCUCGGAAGUUAUUCUCAUGGCCUGCAAGAAGAGGUGCGAGGCAGACGAUAAUGGAAAGGAAGACUUGCUAAAGUUUCAAGCUGUUGUCAGUGCCACACUAGAAAAGAUGCGAACAACGCAGUCGGAAACAAUUGCCCCUGUUUGGCAUCGAGAUCCCUGCUUUCUCUUGGUUAAACCGCAAUUGAAGCAUUUGAUUGGCAUUCUAGAGAGACGAUUGCCGAUCAGCGUGCAGACACAGAUUCUAAACCUCUUUCAAACAAAUAUGCCUGCAGCUGUGACACUAGCAGACGUCGUAUCGUCCUGGUCAAAUCAAGAUCAGGUGAGGAGGCUUGUAGAAAGCAUGCAUUUAGUUUGUCAAGAGGAAGAGCUUCCUUCCCAGAGUGAAUUUGUUUGGCAAUUGCUUAAAGCGUUUGGCCGAUUCUGCCUAGACUCCAGUGACUCGCUCAUGGCCAAGUUCAAGGAACUGCUUUUAUUACGCGAUCCACAAGACGAGUAUGGUUUUAACCGUUUACCCAAAUGGCGAGAGAAGAUGAUAGCAAGCGGCUUUUCUUCCCAUGUCAUUGACUUCUGGUGUGUAGCGUUCCUGACGACGCCGUUUGAGGAAUUGUCGUCACGAGAUGUUGAUGCCAUUGUUGACCUGAAUUCUAAUUCACAGCAGAUCGGUUCAGCAAUUUUUGAAGAAAUUAACAGUUGCAUUUUUCCUGAACAUGAUUUUGGUGGUACUAUUACCUUGGAAAGAGGCAUCAAGGAGCCAUCAACCAAGGAACGCCUUCGAUUGGCAAGAUUGCUAGGUGAAUUCAUUAACAUGUUGAGACUUCGAAAACCCGAGGAAAGUCGAAAGGACGCUGCUAUCAAGCAAAUAGUCGUUGAAGCCUGUGAUGAGCUUUGUAAAGCAUAUAAAAGGGAAGAAAAAAAAAGACCAAAUGGUGGAGAUUUGUACAUGAUUCACGAGGAUGUGCUUAAGGCUCUCUUUACUGAAGUCUUUGGAAAACAGUAUAAGUCUGAUGCUGGAGUAGUCAGUGGUGGCGAAGCAAGCCCUGCAGUUAACGCAGAAUCUAGAGGACAAUCAUGUGCAACAAGGCAGUCAUCCUAUUUACAUGAAAACCUUCCACACAUAUUGCGCCACAAUGAGGUAUUUGAACCAUUACUGGUGUUGUUAAGGCGUUGGCUGUCCCGGUCUGCCGUCAAACCAACCCUCGCCUCUCAUACACAAGGCGUUGUUCAGCAAAUCUUUUCAAUUCACUCGGCUGUUGAAGAAAGUGAUCGAAAGAGUGCUCACGUCGCCGUGGAUCCGGAAUUGCACAGAAAAAUUCAAGCUCACAUCUUAUCUCUGGAAGAGAAUCAAACUCUCAUAGCUCAGCUUCAAGCUUCGGGAUACAAUCAAACAACGAAAGGAACUCAAAACCUAUGGUCUUCUUCCACUCUGGAGGUUUCUGGGUACAUCAGCAAGCGCGAAUCUGCAGAUAGUAAAAGGUUUCUCAAAAAAAUGACUCAAAACCUAAGGAUUCUGUGGGACGAAUGGAAGCACAUCCUCUUCGCGCUCGGCAAGGGUUCCGUAAAAGUUGACGGAACCGAUGUACGUACACGUGACCUCUUUAGUCUUCAGACCACUUUAGAGGUGAUGGAGAAGCAGGUGUCUGCUGUAAAGGAAGCUGUCAAUCAAAUAGAGUUGGGAGACCUUAAAAGGAGAGUCAAGCAAUUGAUGCGCAAGGAACAACGAUGCCGGGAAAGGACUGAAAAACUGUACAAGAGCAAGGCGAGGAAUUCAUGUUUUUUGAUUUGAUUUGAUUUGAUUUUUCAGAUUUUAUUCAUUGACCUGGUUCUUAACUACAGGUAGAUUUGCAUUAUGGUUAAGAUCCAUUCAACAAUAAUUUGCGUAAACUGUUCACAGUCCCCAAUUUUUUCCGUAAAAUCGUCGAUUUGUGUCUCCAAGAUGGCUGCCCAAUCCGGUAAGCGUUCGAUCCUGUCCAUCUUACGAAAAAAUAGAGAACUUUGAACAGUGUAAAAUUUGCUGAUAACUAGGGAACAUUGGAUAGUAAAACUGAGCACAUGUUCUUGUUAAUUGUUUGAAUAUGCUUUUACAGGCUAAACUACGUAUGUUGGUCUGCCUGAUUCAUUCUGUAGUUUAGAAUACUACAUAAAUUCAGGUGUAAAUUGUUUAGUGUGUUUAGUUUAAACCGUCUUUCCAGCUGGUAAUCAGUCCACAGAUAACUGCUGCUACCUGGUAGUUGAAUAAUUUCUUGUUUUCGUAAUCUAGAGCUCGGAAGCAACCCCAAAGGAUAAAGAUCAACCAAAGAAGUUUGUAGCUGUAUGGGAAAAUCGAUUUUUGGAAAACGUGAAAUUAUGCUCUGAGCGAAUUCCAGGUUAGUUAAGGCGUUUUAUGGGGACGGUACGGGGACAAACGAGCUCUAGAGAUCUCUUGGGUUUGCAAUAUCGUAUCCGAGGGUAGUGAGGGCUUUCCUUCGAAUCUCUGGGUUAUGAUUACUCGGUUUAUGCAUAGUAUCAUACGAAAAUGAUGGAAGACAAAUUGAAUACGCAGGUCACUUCAGCAGCAAACACAUUGUUUGCCUAUUUUAUUGAACUUGUGCGCGUAGUCACUUGAAUUGUGAGAGAGUUCUCAACAGAAAAAUUCCUACAAUACCAGAAAGAAAUUAUGGUACUAAUUCAACCAAAGACUCAAAACAGGCAUACUAAACAAACAGGUAAUCAUGGACCCCUGUUAAAGUUUGCAGACUAAAAGGCCGAUAGAAGGGCAUUUCAAGUCUCAAAAAGGUAUUAUUCGUUACUGAAUUCGCCACGGUGACAGCGGAUGAAAGAGGACUUGCGUCCCAAUUGAUAUCAAUUCACCCCGCCCAUGAACGGUUGUACCACACCACCGGGGUUUUCGCCCCCAUAAAGCUCGACCAAAAGACAAACUUAAGUAAAGGAAUAGUUUCUAUAACUUUCAAAAUUCUUUUUUAUUACCGCAAGAUUACCCACGACACAUUUGGUCUUAGCUGUUGUUAAUUCUUAAUCAAUUUUAACGCAACGGACUGCAGUUUGCUAAAAGAAGGCUUUUACACUACGCCUUAAGGUCUACCACGUUUCCUGUCAGGAGCCUGUGAGUAGGAGCCUAUAUCUCGCAGUUUAGUGUUUUAGGGCCUUGUAGCAAAGCUGAAUGUUAAGUAAAUUUUCCCUUCUCUUUAGGAUGCUAUGCACCCAACGGUUUUCAUUCCGAAAAACCUGUGCUAUGUGCCUUGUCCGUGGACAACAGGAUUCUGGCGGUUUUCGAAGAAGACAAAAACGGUCGCAGGGAAGAAAUAGAAAAUGUGGAGGUUAAGCUCAUGGCGGCUGGUAUGUAUGUGUUUGGGCUGCACUCAAGUGAACACGAUUACGUCACUGAUGAGCUGUGGGCCGCCUUCUUUAAGAAGCUACUAAAAGAAAGACUGGUACCGAAUAUAGUCUUGUCCAAUGAAAGUCCAGGAUUUGACUGGAUGGUGAAGUUUGUACAACCAGGUAAG